AUGAGCACCCUCGUGGAUCCUCAGAUGGACAAGCGCCUUCUAAAUGAUAAUUUAAUGCCCCCCAAGUUCCUCGCUGACCGCGAUAUGAUCCUAAUGCAUCUCCAGCUAAUCAUACGUCAGUCGCGACUCUAUAGCUUCAUGGAAGACGCGACGGCACCGCUUCACUUUUUUGCAUGCGUACCUUUCUCAGAAUGUGUUACGUUGAACUUGAUCCUUAAUCGGAAGAGCCAAUUCCACCUCCAAGUCAACCUAGGCCCCGUUGGAAACCAGCUGCGUGGGUAUACGGCGAUAUCAGACGGCCAGCUGCAUGAAUAA